AUGUCAUUAACAAGUUUAUCUGAAGUUGUCCCAAAUCGAGCAAAUGUUUUACUUUCACCAGAACGAUUUGUACUUGAAGUUCCACGUGGUUUAUAUCAUUCAAUGGCAAUAAUAUUACUUAUUGUUUGGUAUAUUUCAUCAGCUGCAACAAUAUUUUCAAAUAAAUAUAUAUUAAGUCAUUUAGAUGGUGAUGCUUUUUCAUUAGGUGCAAAUCAACUUGUUAUAUCUGUAAUAAGUGGUUAUAUUCAAAUACAAUUUAUAAAUAAAUUUCAUAAUCAAUUAGAUAAAAAUCCAAUUAUUAUGAAAAAUAUAUUUCGUGAUAUGAUGUUUAUUGGUGCAUUUCGUUCUGUGACUGUUAUGUUAGGUUUAGUUGCAUUGAAAUAUAUAGCUGUAUCAUUUGUAGCAACAAUCAAAUCAUCUUCACCAUUAUUUACUGUUAUUAUAAGUCGAAUUAUACUUGGAGAAAAAACAAGUAAUUGGACAAAAUUUUCAAUGGUACCAAUAACACUUGGUCUUUGUUUAUGUAGUUCAUUUGAAUUAAGUUUUAAUUUAUUUGGAUUUUUAUGUGCAUUAGGCACAAAUAUAUUUGAUUGUUUACAAAACGUUUAUUCAAAAAUAUUAAUUAGUGGUGAACAUUAUCGUUAUUCAGCUACUGAAUUACAAUUCUGGGCAAGUCUUCUAGCAUCAUUAAAAUUAACUUCUAAAACAUUAGUUUUUUUAUAUAUCUUCAAUGGAUUUGUUUAUCAUAUACAAUCAGUAGCUGCUUUUGCUAUUAUGGCUUAUAUAUCGCCAAUAACACAUAGUGUUGCAAAUACUAUUAAACGAGCAUUGUUAAUAUGGAUAUCAAUUAUUAUAUUUCAUAAUCCGGUGACAUUUUUGAGCGGUGCAGGAACAUUUAUUGUUAUUUUUGGAGUUAUCAUAUAUAAUGAAGGAAGAGAUGUAGGGAAAAAAACUGCAAUUACAAAUAUGGAUAAUACUACAGUGCUUACAUGGCGACAUGUUUAA